AUGGAGAGACUUCUAUCUUCCUCCUCUUCUCUUAACACUAACCUCAAACUCAAACCCUUUCUUUCUCCCCCUUCAACUACUCGUUUUUAUUCCAAAUCAUUCAAUUUUCUUCCCUCAAUUCCUUCUUCCUUCAACCAUGAAAACCCUUCUCUAUCUUUCUCUUCAACCUCCCGUUUCGCUACGCAACCUAAAAACUCACUUUCUCAUGUCACCAAUUCUAAUAGCCCCGUAAUUGAAUCUCACUCUCAGCCACUCAAUCUCGUCAAUGCCGACGCCGGUUUCAGAAAACCGAUGGGAAUAACAGUUCAGACAUGUGUAAUACUCUCUGCUCUUGCUGUGCUCUUAAUUCAACCAGUUUUUGCACCAGCAGCUUUUGCUACCUUUCAAACUGCUGCCAAGAUCGGUGGUCCUGCAACCACUGCAACUAGUGGAAAGCUUAUCCGUGCCGAGCUCCUAAGUAGUGCUUGGACUGGUUUCUUUGCUGGUUGCUUGCACACAUUAUCAGGCCCUGACCACCUUGCAGCUUUGGCUCCAUUGUCAAUCGGUCGCACUCGAACGGAGAGUGCUCUUGUUGGAGCCCUUUGGGGUUGUGGCCAUGAUGCUGGUCAGUUAAUCUUUGGCCUAAUAUUUUUGCUUCUUAAAGAUCAACUUCACAUUGAAAUUAUCCAAACAUGGGGCACCAGAGUGGUGGGCAUUACCUUGCUAGUAAUCGGUGCUAUGGGAAUUAAGGAAGCUUCAGAAGUUUCCACCCCAAUUGUUGCUGUAGGACUUGAUAAUCCUGUGGUAGGAAAUAAGAAGAUUGGUUUUGCUACUUUUGCCACUGGAAUAGUUCAUGGACUGCAACCAGAUGCAUUGAUGAUGGUGUUGCCUGCUCUUGCUCUGCCUUCUCGCAUAUCCGGUGCUGCGUUUCUCAUCAUGUUCUUAUUCGGAACCGUAGUUGCAAUGGGAAGCUAUACGGUGUUUAUAGGAUCGUGUAGCCAAGCGCUAAAGGAUAGAGUGCCUAGAAUAACUGAGAAACUCACUUGGGCUUCUUCUCUUAUCGCAAUAGCACUCGGGUUAGCCAUCAUCAUUAGUCAGUUUUUCGGGUUUAGUUUAUAUUGA